AAUUAUUCUCUUUAGUCGUUUUUAGUAUCCUAUAUUCUUCUCCAUCGUAGAAAUAAAAUUAUUUAAAACUUAACAAUGGAUGGUGUACAGUUUUAUAUAUUACAAUAAUAAACAUAGUUAAAAAAAAAUUAUGUAUUAUUGUUAAUAUAAAAUUCAACUUUGAUACUCAUAUGAUUCAUAAUUGUUAUCUGAAAUAAAUAGUUCACAUAAAUGAUAAUAGUUUACAUAAAUGAUAAAUUUAGUAUAAUCUAUUAAUUUUAUUAUCACACUGUUUAGUACAAUUUAUUAUUCAGCAAAAUGACUUCGAUGUUCUAUCAAUACGAACAAGCAUCUCAAAGAUCUAAACAAGUGGUCCCUCCACCAAUUCGAACAGAUAUUAGUACGGCUGGAUUCAUUCAAAUGAAAUUACAAGAUGACAGUCCGAUAUUCACUAAACAAAAAAUCAUUUUUUCACCUUCAGAUAAAAUUAUUCAUUUAGUAGUCAGUAGUAAUUUAAUUGUAAUAGCUAUGGCUAAUAAUGUUCUUCUUCGUAUUGAUAUGAAACAACCUGAUAAAGUAGAAGAAAUUGACAUUUCCAAAUACGCGGUAGGAAUGAAAAUAUCCAAUUUAUUUUUAGAUCCUUUAGGCUACCAUUUGCUAAUAACAUUAACAUCAAAGAAUGGAGAUAAUCCUCCACCAGAAUUAUUAUAUUUACAUAGGAAGACCACAAAAUUAAAACAAGCUGGAAAGUUCAAAGGUCAUGAAAUUACAGCAGUAGGAUGGAACUUUUCGAAUACUUCAGAGACAGUAACUGGACCAAUUCUUUUGGGCACUUCGAAAGGUUUAAUUUUUGAAACGGAGAUUAGCGAUGGAGAUAAAAUAUUUAAUACGAGCUUGGAACAAUAUUGGCGGCAGGUAUUUGAUAUAGGAAAGAAUAGUAAACCUCCAAUUACUGGUUUAGAAUUUCAUAAAUUACCUAACUCUGAUAAAUAUAUGAUUAUUGUGACUACCGUUAUGCGUAUUUAUCAAUACAUUGGAUCUGUACAAAAUCCUGAUGAAAAGCCAUUAUUACAACAAGUAUUUAACAAAUAUUUAAAUAUACAAGAAAGUUUCAUUGAAAUGAUAAGCUCAUUAACUUAUUCAAAAUUACAAUUUUUCUAUCCAUCGCUUGGUGCAUUACCAAAGUCAUUUGGCUGGUUGACCGAGACAGGUAUAUUGUAUGCAUAUAUAGAUCCAAAUUUAUCAGAUCCAAAAAGUGUAUUGGUAAAGCAACAGAUGAUAACAUGUCCUGAAACGAGUCUCAUGGGAAACAACAUAUCUUAUAUCAAUACUAUACCACUCUCUUUUGUAUUAACAGAAUUCCAUGCUCUAUUACUUUAUCCAGAUCGUGUGAAGGGCAUAUCGUUAUUAAAUCAAGAUCUUAUUUUCGAAGAUAUAUAUAAUGAUACAGUUGAAAAGUUACUCAAUAUUGUGAAAGAUCCGGUAAACCGCAGUAUUUGGGCAUACAGUGAAAGAGCAGUCUUCAAAUAUAAAGUAACCAAAGAAGAUAGAAAUGUUUGGCAGGUUUAUCUAGACAAAGAAGAAUUCGAAUUAGCUAAACAAUAUUGUAAAGAUAAUCCAGCAUACAUCGAUCAAGUACUAGUGAAACAAGCAGAAAUGUUAUUUAAAAAUAAACAAUACGAGGAAAGCGCUUUAACGUACGCAGACACUCACUCAUCUUUCGAAGAAAUUUCUUUGAAAUUUUUACAAGAGUGGCAAAUAGAAGCUUUGAAAAUAUUUUUAAAAAAGAAACUUGAUGGUUUGAAAUCACAGGAUAAGACUCAAAUAACCAUGAUCGUUGUGUGGGUAAUAGAAUUAUUUAUGAAUCAAAUGGGAGAAGUAAGAAGCAAGGAUAAUUCAUAUACACAUAAUCCUCAGUACAUAGCAUUGCAAAAACAAUUUGACAGUUUCCUCUCUAUGCAUAAAGUUGAGGAGUGUAUAAAGAAAAAUCGUAAAAUAAUUUAUGAAUUAAUGUCAAGUCAUGGUGAUAAAGAAAAUCUAAUGCGUUUAACAAUAAUGCAUAGUAAUUAUGAAGAAGUAAUACGACAACAUUUAUAUAAAAAUAAUUACUUAGAAGCACUAGAGGUAUUAAAAAAUCAAACUAACAAAGAUUUAUUUUAUCAAUUUUCUGGUACGUUGCUUCAAGAAUUGCCACGUCCUACCGUAACUGCUCUAAUUUCGCAAGGAUCUUUAUUGAAACCGUCAAAAUUGCUUCCGGCUUUAGUAUCUUGUAAUAGCGACGAAAAACAUGCUAAAGAGAUCAUCAGAUAUUUAGAAUUUUGUGUUUAUAAACAAAGUUGUCAGGAGCAAGCAAUACAUAAUUUUUUACUUUCACUCUACGCUCGUUAUAAAGAAGAAGAAGUUAUGCAUUAUAUUAGUUCGCAGGGCCAGUAUAUCGGUAUGGUACAUUACGAUGUACAUUAUGCCUUAAAACUGUGCCAGGAGGCUGGUUUAACAGAGGCAUGUGUACAGUUAUCAGCUUUGCUUGGUUUGUGGACAACGGCAGUAGAUUUAGCAUUGACGAUUAAAGUCGAUCUUGCCAAACAAAUUGCAGCAAUGCCCUCCGAACGUGACGAUGCUUUACGUAAAAAAUUAUGGUUAAAAAUAGCUGAACAUGUAGUACGUGAAAAGAACGAUAUACAACAAGUAAUGGAAUUUUUACAACAAUGCGAUUUAGUUAGGAUAGAAGAUAUUUUACCAUUCUUUUCAGAUUUUGUUACGAUAGAUCAUUUUAAGGAUGCCAUUUGUAAAUCCUUGCAGGAUUAUAAUCGGCAUAUUCAAGAUCUAAAAGAAGAAAUGGAAGAAGCAACGAAAGCAGCUGAAGUUAUUAGAAAAGAUAUACAAACUUUUAGAACCAGGUGCACUUUCGUAGAUGCGAGAGAUACAUGCAAUUCUUGCGACGUCCAACUAUUAUUAAGGCCUUUUUAUGUAUUUCCUUGUGGUCAUAGAUUUCAUAGUGACUGUUUAGUUGCUGCGUUAACGCCUAUGUUAUCAAUGGAUCAACGAACAAAACUUGCUGAUCUUCAACGUCAACUUACAGUUAUUUCAAAUAGAUCUGAAAAUACAGCGGCAGCUAGAUUGGCACCUUUACCUGUUAAGGACCAAAUUAAAGCUGAUAUCGAUGAAUUGGUAGCUUCGGAAUGUUUAUAUUGCGGAGAACUAAUGAUAGAAUCAAUCGAUAAACCAUUUAUAGAAGAAGAAGAUUAUGAAAGAGUAAUGAGAGAAUGGGCAUAAAUACAAAGUGGAGGUAUAGUAAAAUGUUUAAUAAAAUACGUAAUAAAAAUAUAAACGAUGAUGUUCGCUUUGUUUAAAUAUUAUUGUCUAUUCGUAAUUUAUACACCGAAAUAAGUCACUAUUUUUAAAGCAUUUUAUUUUUAUUUAUAUAAAAAUGAUAUAUUAUGAAAAAAUACAUGAAAUAUUAUAUGGUUUUU